UUACAGUCUCGGCAAAUCAAUUGGGCUAGCCCUGGCCCAAUUAGAAGUGGGCCAGCCCACCUCCUCCACGCACGAAUUACAUACAACAGCUUUUUCCGGAGGAACAAGAGUUGAGAAUUUUCAGUUUCUCCCUCCAUUCUUCGCGGGUGAAAUAGGUCAACGCCGCAUGGAUCCUUACGAUGAUAUUCUCCCAACGGCUCCUGCUGGGCGCGGUCGUGCUGGGGCAAAGUUUGCCCCGAAGGUCAAACCGAAACCGGUGCCUCGGAAGGAAAUUUCUGCUGAAAAACAUGAAAUCUCGUCUAAAGAUGGAGAGGGAGAACGUGUUGCUUCAUCCAUCAUCACCAGCAGUAAGGACAUAGAUACUGUUCCCCAGAGUAAAUGCCAUGCUGCUGUUGCUUCCACUUUGAGUGUGCGACCUCAACAUUCUGCAGGUUCAAAUUUAGAGGAUGCCACAAAAUCUCAAAUGGCAAAUCCUCAGCAAGUUGGUGUAAAUGUAGAUACUGCAGCCUUAGUGGAUGCUCAACCUUCCACAGCUGCAUCGACUGAAGUUGAGUCAGCUCGUGAGGAAGAUCCUGUAGCUUUGGAAGGGAGCCGACAUUCUAAUUUUGUUCCUGAGACCAAUCUCAGUAAUGACUCAACACAUCCAGUUCAAACUGCUGAUUCUGUAGAGAAGCUAUCAAAUAAUGUAGCUAUUCUAUCUACAAUAUGCUCAACCGGAGGUAGUAUGGGAGAUCCCGCUCAAAAUGAAAAAGAGCCAGUUCUUGAUAGCAACGACUGCUUGGGACUUAGUGAUGAUUUGAUGCAAGUUGGCCCGGAUGUGGGCUUUGAAAAUGCUUCAGAUAAUGAUGCUGCAAUACUUGAGAGCAACAUUCAAUCGAACCUUAUCUUUGGAAGAGAACGAGAGGCAGAGUCUGAGAAAUUUGAAUUGGAUCCUUUUAGUGAAGUCCUCCCUGAUCCUGGCACUAGGACUGCUCGUAAGUUUCAACCCAAGAUUAAGCCACGACCUAGAGUAGGCGCAAAACCUGCUGUUGCUUCUGCUUCAUCUAAUGAUAUGAUGGCAAGGUCUGUUGAGUUGCCUACAUUUUGCAUGAAUGAAGUUCAAUCUUUUCAGUCUAGUGAUGAUGGCAUUAGUAUGUUAAAUCAACCAAGCAAUUCACCUGUACCCACAUUAGAGAUUCCUAUGGCAACUGAUUUAUCAAGUAAGUUUGAUUAUGUGGACUCAAGUAUUCCAUUCUCUAAAGACAACAAUAAUUUGGCAGCAGUCAGUGCUUCCCAACUGGAUUCUCUCGAUGCUGUGUUUUCUGAUGUUGCAGUUCAUAAUGGAACUAGGGAUUUGCCUUCUAGUGUUGGUAAAUCAGCUGCAGAGAGUGCAGACAUUUUUGCUGGGUUGGAAUCCAUUGAUGACUUUACCACCCAAGCUGCCACUACUACAGGAAAACCAAUUCUUCAAUCGGAAACAGAGGAAGCUGUGAACUUGAGUCCUGGCUGCCCAGUUGAUAAUGUCUCAGAUUAUCAGUCCAAGAAAACUGACAAAGAUCCAGCUUCUGAAAUCCCGGUGGAUGAAGAACUGACAAAUUCUCCAAAUAGUCCCACAUUGGCUGAUCUUAUGCAGGAUGCUAAUGGAAGAAAAAAGGAAGACGCAGUGUGGAGUUCUCUUAGGAAGCGCAAAAAAUCUGGUGCUAAUGAGGAGGAUAAAGGUGUUAAAACUUCAAGGCAGCGGAGGAAGCAAGCAACUCAUAAACCUGUUAGCAACUCGGUGAAUGAGGAUGAUGAUGAUGAUGACGACCUUGACCCUCCCUAUAAUCCGUAUAGAGAUGAACCUGAAGAGAAUGAUGAAGAAUUUGAAGUGGAUGACUCCUCCAAGAAGAAGGCAUCAUUGAAUUCAACAAAGAAAUCAGUGGCUAAAAAUGGAAAAACAUCUCAAAAACAUAAGAAGGCUAAUGAAGAUUUAGAAAAUGGCAAAAAAGAACCUCCUAAAAAGUUCUCUCAUUCAAGCAGACAAAAAAGAAGAUGUGUGAACCAAGCACUGCUGGAAAUUCCUGAGGAUGAACUUGAUAUGCAUACAUUGUCUCUCAAGGAUAUCAUUUUACUUGCAGAACACAGGGAGCGGCUGGCAAAAAAGGAGGCAGCAACUUCAAAGACAUCUGCCAAUCAAAGUGGUGGAGAUUCCCAACAUGAGGCCGAGGCUGGAGCUAAUAGUGAAGAGGAGUAUUUAGGUUCAGAAGAUGAUAGAGAAGCAGGUGACGAUGAAGCCAGUGAGAGUGUUCCGUUGGCUUCCUCUUUAUUCAACUACCAAUCCUUCAUGGAAAAGACUCCUAGGGGAAAAUGGACAAAACAUGAUAAUGAACUGUUCUAUGAGGCAGUUAGGCAGUUUGGCACAGAUUUUUCUAUGAUACAACAGCUUUUUCCUGAUCGAACACGUCACCAAAUUAAGUUGAAGUACAAGAAGGAAGAGCGACAGCAUCCUCUACGGUUAGCUGAUGCUGUAAAUAAUCGUUCAAAAGAUAAUUUUCAUUUUAAGAUGUUGAUUGAGAGACUGCAGCAAGCUUCAGCCAAGGAAGAUCAAGACCGUGGUAAAGAUGCAUCAGGUUCGAUGGCAGCAGAGGAGGUUGAGAAUUCGGCACCUGGAACUAAUGAGGAUGUUGGAACAACUGAACAGGAGGAGUUUGCAACAACUGAGCAGGAGGCAAAUGUCGAAGAUCAACAAGAUUCUAAGUCAGUUCCUAGUCCAGAACAAUUUGACAAUAGUGAUGAUGAAUUAGCAAUAUGGGCUCAAUAUAAAAGUGAAAUUUAGUGAAUGAUUUUACCCUCUUUUUCUCGAUUGAAGUGAAAUUCUGAUUAAUUUGCAAAAUCACUAUCGCGAUUUUUUAUUUUGUAGUCGAGGCUACUUUAAGAUUUGCGCUAGCGGAUAUCUUAAUAACACCUUGUAAACACUUAAAAAAUUAUUAACUGGUAAGUUUUCAUAAAGGAAAAGUCUAUAAAUUUUAAGAUGAGCACUUCUUUUAUAUUUUUUUUCUUCUCUCGUCUUCUAAAAGCAACCCCUUGUAUGACGGGCGUCGGGCAAAUAAGUUUGAAGAUAAUACGUUGCAUAGUAAAGAAGGGCAUGAACUAUAGAAAAUAUGGAUCUUACUUCCCAAUAAGUUUGAUCUUACUCCCCCGCGGGUAUUGAGAGAACAGAUGGGUUAUACAUCCAUAUAAUUUUCCAUCCAAAUCCAUCAAAGCUGGUUAAA